AAUUUCGAAAAUUAGGGUUUACGGUUUGUGUGUUGCGGGGCUGCGCCAUGGCCAAGUUCAACCAAAUCCAGAAGGCAAGGCGGGGGAGGAUCCAGGAUCGGAAGCGUGCCGUUCAUGGCGAUCCUAACACUCGGAAGCUAAAGCAGAAAGUUGAAACCAUACCUAUCUCCGGUAAACGUAAGCGAAAACUCUUCAAGAAAUGGCGAAGGGAUAAGAAAGCGGCGAUAGAGAAGGGUUUGGUGACUAUGGAAGACAUUGAGAUGGAAGCUGCAGAUGGAACUUCUCAAGCUGCAAAGGAGAAGUCUCCGACGAAGUUUCACUUGAAGAAGGCUUCGAGGCUUAGAAUCAAGAAAUUAAAAUCUAAGGGAAAGGGCAAGAAAAAAUCAUCCGGUCAGUCAGACGUUGCACCAAAUGAUGCCAUGGUAGAGUGAUCAUCUGGAAGCGUUUUAUCACUACUUGUCUGUAAGGCCUUCUCACUGAAGUAAGGCCAUUCAGUCAAUGGUCUCCUUUGAAGAUUUAGGCGAGCUCUCAACCGUCUGAUUGUUAUGCAAUUGUUAUUUUUGUGAAAUAUUUUCAGCUUGAAAGUGUCGGUUUUUAAUUACGUUUUAAGUCAAUUCUACCUUUUUGUUU